CGACCUGGCACGUGCAGCGCGGCGCAGCGGCGUCGAGCGCGGCAGACGGUCGUCGAAUACCCGCCCACGUCAUUAUCGUCAUUAUUAUCCCGUGGGUGCACUAACAAUCUCGCGUCCAAAGUGGCUAAGAGCGUAAGUCCCCGUCGAGCGCACCAGGAGUGCUCCAGCGGGGUGGACGGGGUGCAGGCGGCGGCGCAGGUGCAACAGCAGCAGCAGGAGAGACGAACACCGAGGCGCAUGCCUUACCUGGGGCCUGAUAUGACAACCCGGCUGUCCGCCAUGUUCUACACGGUCGAGGUCGGGGACACCAAGUUCACCAUCCUCAAGCGCUACCAAAACCUCAAGCCUAUCGGAUCGGGCGCGCAGGGGAUCGUUUGCGCGGCGUAUGACACUGUCACUGCGCAAAAUGUGGCAAUCAAGAAACUGUCCAGACCCUUCCAAAACGUGACGCACGCAAAGAGGGCCUAUCGAGAAUUCAAGCUUAUGAAGCUGGUCAAUCAUAAAAAUAUAAUCGGUCUUCUGAACGCGUUCACGCCGCAACGGUCGCUGGACGAGUUUCAAGAUGUGUACCUGGUGAUGGAGCUCAUGGACGCGAACUUGUGUCAAGUGAUCCAGAUGGAUUUGGAUCACGAGCGCAUGUCGUACCUUCUCUACCAGAUGCUGUGCGGCAUCAAGCACUUGCACUCCGCCGGCAUUAUUCAUAGGGAUUUAAAGCCAAGCAACAUCGUCGUAAAGUCCGACUGCACGCUGAAAAUUCUCGACUUUGGCUUGGCGAGGACCGCCGGUACUACAUUCAUGAUGACGCCCUACGUCGUGACACGGUAUUACCGGGCGCCCGAGGUGAUCUUGGGAAUGGGUUAUAAAGAGAACGUGGACAUCUGGUCGGUAGGAUGCAUCAUGGGCGAGAUGAUUCGUGGUGGUGUACUUUUCCCAGGCACAGAUCAUAUCGAUCAAUGGAAUAAAAUAAUCGAGCAACUUGGCACUCCGGCACAGGAGUUCAUGCAACGACUGCAGCCGACUGUCAGGAAUUACGUAGAGAAUAGGCCACGAUAUCCAGGUUAUCCCUUUGAGAGGCUAUUCCCGGAUGUCUUAUUCCCCUCGGACUCCUCGGAACACAAUAGAUUAAAAGCGAGCCAAGCUAGGGAUCUAUUAUCGCGCAUGCUCGUGAUCGACCCAGAGCGACGCAUUUCUGUGGACGAGGCGUUGCUGCACAAUUACAUAAACGUCUGGUACGACGAGGGGGAAGUUAACGCUCCCGCACCAGGUCCAUACGACCACAGCGUGGACGAGAGGGAACACACGGUGGACCAGUGGAAGGAACUGAUCUACCAGGAGGUGAUGGAGUAUGAGACAAGCCAUAAUCCCGCGGCGGUCGCUCAAUCGUCAGAGAGCGCUGGGAGCCGGUAGAUACCGCGGAGUAAGAGCCCAUCCGCAAACCCCCUCUCAUUAAGGAAGCAUCCGGACAGUCUGACUUACCGCUUAUUGUUAGACGUCACCGGGACGUCGUAGCGAGAAAAGGAGGGGAAAACCGGAGAAAGAAAUGGGCGGAAGAAGGAAGGCUAAACCGACGUCCACAUACCGAUCUCCCUCUGACCUCUCCUUUGAGAAGAAGAGAAGAAGCGCGCGCGCGGGAAGAAGAACACGGAGAAAGGGAAAGGGCUUAACUCUGCCGCAGAGGGGGCGAAUCAGAGUCUUCGGGCAGCACACCUGAUCAAGUAAUAAAGCGAGCACCGAGGACGAUUUAUCAACGAUUCCCCUGCUCGAUCUUCUCUCUUCCAGCACAAUACGAACGAUCUGGAUGAACACUUCUUCGGGGUAUGCUCGCAAACCGCCACUGGACACCCAAAACACCCUCGUCGCUUUCUUUGCGCUUUAUUAAAGCUGUGGAAGUCGAGAAAGCUCGCUGAACAAUCCCUAGAGGCUUUCGGGGAGACAAAAAUCGGUGAGAAAUCGCGGAGAAGAGAAAUCAACGAGAGGAAGCAACGGAACUGCCUAUAAUUGACUGUUUCGAUAGUCUUUGAAAUGGUUACCGCAUUGCACAUUGUCGUCUCUUCAACCGCUGUCAAUAAUCUGAGCUGUUGAACGAGCCUCAAUUUCUCUUUCCCUCGACUGUUUUUAUCGACAUGAACUUCCCGGAUGCCUCUUUCGGAAACUUUUGAGUCUUUGUAUUGCGACACGAUAUUUCUAUUACGAUUCCUCAUCGCGUUUACAUGACUUUCCUUUUGCUACGAGUUACUUCUUGCUCUACGAAAUCGAAAAGCGGACGCCGAUGUUGCAAAUUUUUUUCCCGGCUGUCCCGCAAUCUCGAACGAUACUUGCUGUGCAUUUCAUAGCAAUAAAGUCGACGCGAAAGAAAGGCGACUUAGAAAUAUCGUUUCUGUGAUACGGUUUUAAGAUUUUACCAUCGCCGAAAGCUGGACUGAAGGCUGUUUCGUGAACUUUCGGAGAAAGGGCCAGGAUGAUUAAAUAAUCGAUCGAUCGCCUGUUACGGCUCUCGAGAAGAACCGAUCGAGCGCAUUUAUCGUUUGCAUGCAAACAACAUAUACUAUAUAUUUUUCGUACCAUUGUUAAACACACACGGGAACACGCAAUUUUCAAUUGUAACUUUAACGCAACUAUUCUACGCUCUUUCGAGAUAUCGCGGUACAAUGAUACUGUACGUGAGGAGAUAAGGGAAAAUUAAUCACAGAGCUUAUAAGUCGCUCGGUCGUCCCUGUCGCGGGCAGCAGCGAGCGAUCGUCAAGGCGAAGGUUAAAGCCUUAGGAUUUUGUUUCAUUAUGUCGCUGAAAGUCGCGAGAGAGACAUAAGUUAGGUAUAUUUGUUAAUUUAAUUCACGUAGUUCCGUAUAUAAAUACACAUGCAUGCCGCGCGAUGCAAUGAAGUGUGUGAAGCGCAAAGUGAAUAGACGAAACGAUGCGUUACGCGCGACGAGUCUCGAAACCGAUCGUAUCGUUAAGGAAAGAUACGCGAUCGACAAUGGAAUAGGAUUUUUGUAUAUAAUAAUGAUUAUUGUGAAUUUAGUGCUGAACGAGAAUGCCCGCACGAUCUCGCGCGAUACCGAUUCUUUCGUAAGCGUGUACUUUUCGUUCGGUUACUUCGCAUCUCCGCUCUGUAUGCUUUCGUCUCGGUCGUUGUCAGUGCCAGUAGUUGCGCGAUUUAUGGUAUUUUGUAUUUGUAAUUUUGUAGGAAUUCGUAAGGAAUUAGCGAGUGUGUUGAUUAAUUUUAUCGAGUCGACGGAGAGAAAGGGAGAAAGAGAGAGAGAGAGAGAG